AUGGAUGAGAGUGGACCACCGUGUCGACGCUGUGCAGAAAGAGGUCUCUCGUGUACAUUGAACAAAAGUCUCCAAACUCUCAUCGAGGAAAGAUCCCAGUGGAAGACCACAGUAUCGGGAGAUUUGGAGCAUAUCCAUUCUGCCCUGCAAGAACUUUUGAACAGACUCUCUCUCCCAUUACUGCCUCCGCUUCAGACAACCUCUCAAGACCCACCAGCUUUCUCGUUGGAAGAAGAGCUGGCACCACGGGAUGAUCCAGGGCCGUCAUGCGAUGCCUCACCACGAGUUUCACCCAAAGACGAUGAAUUAUCGCAUGUCCCUAUUGAAUCUUUAUAUCAGAUCACCAGACUACGAGCUCUUCGCUCAGACGAUCCGACAGAUAACCCUCAAGCUCCUACGAGUAACGGCAACAGAGAAGUUAUCAAUGACUUCAUUUCAAAUGGUCAACUCGGCGUUCAAGAUUCUGAGCGACUUGUGCAACUAUAUCUCAACAGGCUAGAUCACUUCAUGUACAUGAUUGGAGGGGUAUGCAGAGAUCUCGAGAGCCUCCACAGCAGGUCACAAACUCUCACAGCCUGCAUCUGCACAGUCGCGGCGUUACAUGACCCAAACAGUAACCACCUUUACGCUAGUUGCAACCGAGAGUUCAGACGUCUUAUGGCAGCAUCAAUGUUCGACCGCCGUAUCGAUCGAGACCAUCUUCGGGCCAUGUGCAUUGGGUCUUAUUGGUUGAGUGAUAUUUCAUGGACGUUGUCUGGCUAUGCCAUACGACGCGCCACGGAAGCAAAUCUCAAUGCCAACUAUCACCGCGUCAUUUCGGAAAACAAUGAGGAUGCUGCAGAUUGUCUCAGGCUAUGGUACAUUCUCUACAUCUGCGACCAUCAUUUGUCUAUACUCUAUGGACGACCCUCCAUCAUUCGGGAAGACUUCGCCAUCGUGGGAUGGGAAGCGUUUCUUAAGGCUCCUAUAUCGACAGAGUCUGACAAACGACUCAUCAGUCAGGUAGCUCUGAUCGUAAUUCUCAGUAAUGUGCGGGAGUUGUUUGGGCCCGACACUGGUGAACCCAUUCCCCGUGGCUUUGGAACUCAGUUGGCCGUUUUUAAUCGCCAGAUAAAUCAGUGGAUGGGCACAAGGAGCAGCGAAUUACAGCGACAACACCAUGUCAUUGGAGAGUUUCCCGCCAAGGGUGUCAUUCUGCAUCACCAUUUCGCCAAACUUCACCUCCAUAGCCACGUCUUUCGUGGCCUCAAAGACGCACCUGUGCCACCACAUUUCCUCGAGAAUGCGUCGGCGGCAGUUUCUGCUGCGACUUCGAUCGUGGAAUCACUUCUUAUGGAUUCUGAUCUACGUGAAGGGCUUGUUGGCAUACCUCAUUAUCUUCACACCAUGACAGCUUUCGCAUGCGUGUUCCUCCUCAAAGUAGUAGCACAAUAUCCUGGACAAUUCAUUGAAGAUUUGCAAUUUCGAUCCACCGCAGUGGGAAAAUGGCAUCUGGUGCAUCUGAUGGCUGACGGUCUCGAGAAGCUAGCUGCCAAGAAAAUCACCAGCCCUGGAGGUUACCGAAAUCUUCUUACGCCAACAGCAACUACUCCAGCCGGCAUGGCUUAUAUGAACGGAUCGACCCAUCUUCAAAUGAACGAAUAUGCAGCGGAACCUCUAUUCGGGCAGACUCUCGGGAACACGUUUGCCGACAAUGACGCGCAGCUUGGGUCUACGCCGUUCUUACAUUUUGAGAAUGGGCAAUUCGAUUUUAAUUAUCCUGGCUUUGGUCUUCUAUGA